AAAACUCUCUCUGUUUUUAGUAGUGUAGCUUUGUCUAGCAAGAUGAAGCUUUUGUCUUGGAACGUACAGGGUAUAGGUACUCCUCUCACUAAAGACCAUUUACAAUACCUCUGCCAAUUAUAUAACCCUGAUAUAGUGUUUCUAGCCGAGACAAAAGCUCCGCUGUCUCGGAUGAAUUUAUUCUUUAAAAAAUCCAAGUUUCAUGAUUGGUUUAUCAUUCCGUCUGUGGGAAUAGAAAAAGGGAUAGCAAUCGCCUGGCAUAAUAAUAUCGAUAUGAAAUUAGUAUCAGCAAAAUAUAACGUGUGCCAUUUUGAAGCAAGUCUAGAUGAAAAGCAGGUGGGAAACAAGACUAGUUCUAGCAGCAAGACUGUCAUCAUCCAGACAAUUGUCUCCAUAGGACUACAAAAUGCGGGAUAUGAAGGCGCUCCAUUCACAUGGUCAAACAACAGAAAAGGAGAAGCGGACAUUUGCGAAAGAAUUGACAGAGCAUUGACCUAUGGUCUCAAAAAUUCCCGGACACCAAGGUAUACCUUAGUUUGAAGUGCUACAGGCGAAAAGAUGCACUCGCAAAGCUUUGGCAAGGACCACUUGGAAGAUCC